GGCUUUUGCCCAUGCCUUUUUCCCCAGUCGAGUUAGGAGUGAAAGAGAAUCAAAGGGAAAAGGCUCAUCAGGAUAAAGUUUGCUAAAAUGCGCGGUGUGCAUGUUGGUGCUUGUUUGUGACUCCUCUCCUCUCCGCGCCUAACACAGUGCGCAUGUCACUCGUUAUAAUAUAAUAACACUUACUUCUCAUCCACCAUUUCCACGCCCGGAAGGAAGUGAGUCAGGGCAGCUUUCUGGAAAGCUUGUAGUUUGCUUCUAUCUGAAAAAACAAGCUGUGUAGAAGCCGAUCAUUCUUCUUUUCUUCGACUAAUAUACCCCACUUCUCUGUGCCCAUUCUAAAGCUCUUACUUUGCAGUCCCUUUCCAUUUUUCUUCUCCUUCGCGUUCAGAUUUUUCUCCAUCCUACCUGAGGAAUUCACUAUACACUUUCAGUUCUCGCACUGCCUUGCCUCCAUGUCGUCCGAUAUAAGCUAGAGUCUCGACGCUCAUUUUUUGUUAUAUUCUCAUUUGGCAUUUCCUUUCAAAUCCGUCUCAAAAAAAUUACGGAGUUUCCGGGAACAUUCCAUGAGUAAUUGCAGGAUUUCUAUGCUCAAGCACUGUGCUGUAGUUGUCAUUUUCAGUGAGGUGGCGGGUAUUGUUCUCCUCUCGGGUUUGUAAAUCCUUCAUAAGCAAAUCUCGAAGCUUGAGGAUACUGAACUUCGUGCUUCUCGUACGAGCAAUGGGCACAGAUCGUCUGCUUCGGCCAACAAUUGGACCGCCAUUAAAACGGCGAGCUGGGUUGCGGAGGAAGCAGGCUGGAAGAGGAUCUUAUAGGGGAAGCUAGGGCGAGGGGACUAUAGGGAGUUGGAGGGCUUUUAUUGUUUUUCUUUUUUCGCAGAGUUAAUCAACAACCCUUUCUCGGGGCUUCGUGGGGUCGUCAAAAUUCUGAGAAGAUGGCCAUGAACAUGCGUCAAUUACUCAGAAGGCUCUGUUUAAAUACUGAUUGGAAGUACGCCAUCUUUUGGAGACUCAGACAUGAGGAUCGGAAGAUCCUAACAUGGGAGGAUGGUUACCAUGAAAAUCCUGAUGAUUAUGAUUCGUUAGAUGAUGAGUGCUGCCAGAAGACCAUGGAACAGUUUCACGUUGGGCAUUUUUCUCAUGACCCUCUUGGAAUGGCUGUGAGAAAGAUGUCAGAUCAUGUAUAUUCGUUAGGAGAUGGUAUUGUUGGACAGGUAGCUCUCAGUGGGAAGCAUCAGUGGAUCUAUGCAGAUGAUCAUGCUAUGAGUUCUGGUUUGUCCUGUGAGUUUGCUGAUGGAUGGCAAUCCCAGUUUUCUGCUGGAAUUAGGACAGUUGUUGUUGUAGCUAUAAUCCCGCAUGGAGUUGUUCAACUCGGUUCCUUAAAUAAACAGGUGAUUGAAGAUAUGAGAAUUUUAACUCAUAUCAGAGGUGUUUUUUUGGCUAAUCAAGAUUAUUCCAUAGGCCAUGUUCCCAAUCAUAUACAAUGUAGUGUGAAGAAUUCUUCUUCUCUGCCAGAGGCAUCAACAUUGAAAUUGUCUUCAGAAAUUGGACCUGCUUGCUUGCUUGAUACAGAGGAAACCGCGAGGGGUGAAAAACUGGAUAUUUUAAUGCCUGUUCCAUGUUCUGUGAAUAACUUUCCACUUCCUGCUGUUUAUCAGAAAAUGACUGUUAAUGUGACCGAACAUGUAGGGCCUGAGGUUUGCAGUGAUGAAAGUUCAGUUCUGCUCAAGUUGGUAUCAAAUAUGAUGAAUGUGGAGCAUCAAAAAUUUUUAGACAUGAGACCUCUAAAUGAGAAGUUUGAAGUGGGCAGCAGUGGGUCCAAAGAUAUUAGGGUGGAAUCAGAAAAAAAUGUUACAUCAUUGCUACACAAUUCAGUUAUGGACAAUAACUUCAGUGAUUCUGUAGAUCCAUCCAAAAAAAUUGGAGCUGAUUUGGCCUGCUUGCCCUCAGACUUUCAUGAUGUUGUUUGUGAAGGUAAUAAGUUGUGUUAUCUAAAUACUAGCCAGAAAGAGGCAUUGAUUUUUCCCAGAUCUUCUGAUGCAAGCUCCCAAAAAGAUACAGAAAAGUCACAGCUUCAGGCUGCACCUUCUUACAAGAGUACCUCAAAUGCAUUGUUGAAAUUCCCUGCUGGCUGUGAGCUACAUGAAGCCCUUGGACCGGCUUUUGUGAAAAGUAGAUAUUUUGAUUCAGAGGGACAGGUUAAUGAGGAUCUUACAAUGAUGAGGAUGCCAGACGAGAUCAGCUGUAGCCAGUUGACUCGUGAAUCUUGUCCAGAGCAUCUUUUGGAAGCAAUAGUAGCCAAUGCUUGUCAUGGUAAUAAUGACAUUAAGAGUGAACUUUCAUACUCUGCAUCAGUGCAAUCUGCAAUGAUAUCUGAAAGAAUUCCUGAAGCUUCAAUGCACACUGCCCCUGCUAUUAAUUCAGAAGGCUAUUCAGUAGAGUCUUCUCUUGUGAGAGGAGACAUAUUCCACUCUUUGACUUCAUCAUGUCCUAGUUCAUGUAGUGAACGGUUUGAAAGGUCUUCUGAACCUGGUAAGAACAAGAAGAGGGCCAGGCCUGGAGAAAGUGGUAGGCCUAGGCCAAGGGACAGGCAACUGAUCCAAGAUCGCAUUAAGGAGUUAAGAGAAUUGGUGCCAAAUGGAGCAAAGUGCAGUAUUGAUUCACUACUGGAGCGCACAAUAAAGCACAUGCUCUUUCUGCAGAGCAUUACUAAGCAUGCUGACAAGCUAACUAAAUUUACUGGUUCAAACACAAAGUUGCAUCACUUGGAAUCAGCUGUUCCUGGAUCCUCUAGUUAUGAACAGGGUUCGAGUUGGGCAAUGGAAGUAGGUGGUCAUUUGAAAGUUCAUUCAAUAUUAGUGGAGAAUCUUAGUAAGAAUGGACAUAUGCUUGUUGAGAUGCUUUGUGAGGAGUGCAGCCAUUUUCUGGAGAUAGCAGAAGCCAUAAGGAGCUUGGGCCUGACAAUUUUGAAAGGUGCAACAGAAGCUCGUAGUGAGAAGACAUGGAUGUGUUUUGUGGUUGAGUGGUUGAUAAGAAGUGACGUAUCACAGGGCCAAAACAACAGAAAUGUACACAGGUUGGAUAUCUUGUGGCCGCUUGUUCAAAUACUGCAAUCCAAGAGUACAAUGCAUGCACAAUAACGGGUUGGUUCUUGAAAAUUUGCGGGCGGGCUUGGAAAUGAUGUUGGAAAUCUUCUGUUCCUUGCUCCCCACACGUGCGUGAUCCAGAGAAUAAAGACGCAGACUGGGAAAGCACGAUUGGGUAGGGUUGAAAAAAGAGAGGGAGGAGAAAACCAAACUUUAUGAAGAUGUAAAAUACGGAGGCUUUAUAGUGUGACAAAGAUGACAUUCGUUUCUUAGUGGUGGGAUUGUGAUCAUGAUUUGCUCUAGCGUUCGACAUUAGAAAUAUCCGGAUGCGUUAAAGCGUCUUGAAAUAGAAUGCGCGCGCGAUCAGUUAAAAUAUAACGCAUCAGACUUGUGAACAGAGAAGAGGAGAGUGUAUUAAAAGUCGACAAAGCUGUUGAAUGGUAGCUUAUUAUUCAUUAAAUCACCACCGGGGAGUGAGUUGCUUCAUAGCCUAAAAUGAGGAAGGGCCUUGUUGCCAUCGAGGCCUUUUGAUCUGUAGAAAGCAAGAUAUUCACUAAUGGUGGUUUCCCUGUAGAAAGGUGGGUGAAUGGCGGACUUAAAUUCCUCUAGUGGUCCGUAUGCUCUGUGUUUCUCCCUUGGAUAUAAUAGACAUGCAGCAGAUACCCUGGGCCCUACUCGUCCAGCCAGUACUCUAUGCUCCCCGCUCUUGAACUUGUCAUUGGUUAUCAGCUACGCAACAUUACACAUAAUCAAAUCAGUUAUUUUACUCUUA